GCAGGGCCGGCCCGACAUGGCGGAAGAGGAGGUGGCCAAGUUGGAGAAGCACCUGAUGCUUCUCCGACAGGAGUACGUGAAGCUGCAGAAGAAGUUGGCAGAGACGGAGAAGAGAUGCAGUCUCUUGGCCGCGCAGGCCAGCAAGGAAAGCAGCAGUGAGUCCUUCAUCAGCCGCCUGCUGACAAUCGUGGCCGGCCUGUAUGGCCAGGAGCAGUACAGCGAUCUGAAGAUAAAGGUUGGGGGCAAGCACAUCAGCGCUCACAAGUUUGUCCUGGCGGCCCGCAGCGACAGCUGGAGUCUGGCCACUUUGUCUUCCGCUGACGAGCUGGACCUCUCAGAUGCUGACCCCGAGGUGACCAGGACCAUGCUCCGCUGGGUCUACACGGAUGAGCUGGAGUUCCAAGAAGAUGAUGUGUUCCUCACGGAGCUGAUGAAGCUGGCCAAUCGCUUUCAGCUACAUCUCCUCAGGGAGAGAUGUGAGAAGGGCGUCAUGUCUCUGGUGAACGUCAGGAACUGUAUUCGCUUCUAUCAGACCGCGGAGGAACUGAGUGCCGGCACGUUGAUGAACUACUGUGCGGAAAUUAUCGCCAGUCACUGGGACGACCUGCGGAAGGAGGACUUCAGCAGCAUGAGCGCCCAGUUGUUGUACAAAAUGAUCAAAUCCAAGACUGAGUACCCGCUACAUAAGGCUAUCAAAGUAGAGAGAGAGGAUGUGGUCUUCCUCUAUCUAAUUGAAAUGGACUCACAGCUCCCGGGGAAGCUGAAUGAAGUGGAUCAUCACGGAGACCUCCCCUUAGACCUGGCCCUGUCUCGGCGCCUGGAGAGCAUUGCUGCCACGCUGGUUAGUCACAGAGCCGACGUGGACAUGGUGGACAAGAGCGGCUGGAGCCUGUUGCACAAAGCGAUCCAACGAGGAGAUCUCUUUGCUGCCACGUUCCUCGUUAAGAACGGGGCCCUUGUCAAUGCCGCCACGUUGGGUGCCCAGGAGACCCCGUUGCACCUUGUGGCGUUGUACAGUUCAAAGAAACACUCCGCGGACGUGAUGUCUGAGAUGGCCCAGAUCGCAGAGGCCGUUCUGCAGGCUGGCGCCAACCCCAACAUGCAAGAUAGCAAGGGCAGGACCCCCUUACACUUGUGCAUCAUGGCCAGGAACGAACUCGUGUUCAGUCAGCUGCUGCAGUGCAAACGGCUCGACCUGGAGCUGAAGGACCACGAAGGCAGCACCGCCCUGUGGCUCGCGGUGCAGUACGUCACGGUGUCCCCCGACCACUCUGUGAACCCCUUCGAGGACGUGCCGGUGCUGAACGGGACGUCGUUUGAUGAAAACAGCUUUGCAGCGAGACUCAUCCAGCGUGGCAGCGACACCAACGCGCCCGACGCAGUGACAGGGAACUGCCUCCUGCAGCGGGCAGCCGAGGCCGGGAACGAGGCGGCGGCCCUCUUCCUGGCGACCAGCGGAGCCCACGUCAACCACAGAAACAAGUGGGGAGAAACCCCGCUGCACACGGCCUGUCGGCACGGGCUGGCCAGCCUCACCGCGGAGCUCCUGCAGCAGGGCGCCAACCCCAACCUGCAGACGGAGGAGGCCGCGUCCCCGGCCGGCGCAGGGGACAGCAUCUACCUGCAGACGCCACUGCACAUGGCGAUUGCCCACAAUCACCCGGACGUGGUGUCUGUCAUCCUGGAGCAGAAAGCGAAUGCUCUUCAUGCCACCAACAACUUGCAGAUCAUUCCAGACUUCAGCCUCAAGGAUUCCCGAGACCAGACUGUACUGGGCCUGGCGUUAUGGACCGGCAUGCACACGAUUGCAGCGCAGCUGCUGGGCUCCGGUGCUUGCAUCAACGACGCCAUGUCAGACGGGCAGACCCUGCUGCACAUGGCCAUGCGGCGGCAGGACAGCAGGAGCGCCCUCUUCCUCCUCGAGCACCAGGCGGACAUCAGCGUCCGGACUCAGGAAGGGGAGACGGCCCUGCAGCUGGCCAUCCGGAACCAGCUCCCGCUCGUCGUGGACGCCAUAUGCACGCGAGGGGCGGACAUGUCUGUGCCGGACGAGAAGGGGGACCCCCCGCUGUGGCUUGCGCUGGCGAAUCACCUGGAGGACAUCGCGUCCACUCUGGUCAGACACGGUUGCGACGCCACGUGCUGGGGCCCCGGGCCCGGCGGGUGCCUUCAGACGCUCCUGCACAGGGCCAUCGACGAGAACAACGAGUCUACGGCCUGCUUUCUCAUCCGCAGCGGCUGUGACGUGAACAGUCCCAGACAGCCCGGUGCUAACGGAGAAGGGGAGGAGGAGGCCAGAGACGGACAAACCCCCUUGCACUUGGCAGCCUCCUGGGGGCUGGAAGAGACGGUGCAGUGUCUUCUGGAAUUUGGUGCCAAUGUAAACACACAGGAUGCAGAAGGAAGGGCGCCUGUGCACGUGGCCAUCAGCAACCAGCACAGCGUCAUCAUUCAGCUGCUGGUCUCCCACCCUGACGUCCACCUGAAUGUCCGCGACAGACAGGGGCUGACCCCGUUUGCCUGUGCCAUGACCUACAAGAAUAACCGGGCAGCCGAGGCCAUCCUCAAGCGAGAGCCGGGGGCUGCCGAGCAGGUGGAUAACAAGGGCCGGAAUUUUCUUCACGUGGCCGUCCAGAACUCUGAUAUCGAAAGCGUCCUGUUCCUGAUCAGUGUCCAGGCCAAUGUGAAUUCCAGAGUUCAGGACGCCUCCAAGCUGACUCCUUUGCACCUCGCUGUCCAAGCAGGUUCAGAGAUUAUCGUCCGCAACCUGCUUCUUGCAGGAGCCAAAGUGAAUGAACUGACGAAGCACCGCCAGACGGCCCUCCACCUCGCUGCCCAGCACGACCUGCCCACCAUCUGCUCCGUCCUCCUGGAGAACGCGGUGGACUUUGCUGCCCUGGACGAGAACGGAAAUAACGCUCUUCAUCUGGCGGCCAUGCACGGGCGUCUCAACAAUAUCCGGGUCCUCCUGACCGAGUGCACCGUGGACGCCGAAGCCUUCAAUCUGCGAGGCCAGUCACCCCUGCACAUCCUGGGUCAGUACGGCAAAGAGAACGCAGCAACCAUCUUUGAGCUCUUCCUGGAGUGCAUGCCUGAGUACCCUCUGGAUAAACCGGACGCAGAAGGAAACACGGUGCUGCUCUUGGCGUACAUGAAGGGGAAUGCCAACCUGUGCCGUGCCAUCGUCCGCUCUGGGGCUCGCCUUGGGGUCAACAAUAACCAAGGAGUGAACAUUUUCAACUACCAAGUUGCCACCAAGCAGCUUUUGUUCAGACUGUUGGACAUGCUGUCUAAGGAGCCUCCGUGGUGCGACGGCUCCACCUGCUACGAGUGCGCCGCCAAGUUCGGAGUCACGACGCGCAAGCAUCACUGCCGUCACUGCGGACGCCUUCUCUGCCAUAAAUGCUCGACCAAGGAGAUUCCUAUUAUCAAGUUUGAUCUGAACAAGCCUGUGCGGGUUUGCAACAUCUGCUUUGACGUGCUGACUCUGGGGGGCGUCUCUUAGUGAGCCCCCUGGUCACCUCCCGGCAGCCGCUCCGCUCGCCAGCCUGCCCCACCCAGAGCAGGGCUGGCCCUCCCGUCUUCCUGCGGCAACAGACUGAACGAUUAAGGGCUCUGGUGCCAUUGACCCCGUUUCAAGGAUUCCAUGCGGGCGUCGGUGUGUCAGACUGUGAUCGAGGUCACUGGGCGCCCGGCAGCGGCCCGGGCCGUGUGCCUCGUGGCCCCUGCGACAGGAAUCGGGCCCCCGCUCUGCCUGCAGCACCGGGACACUGGGGAAGCCGCGCCCCCUGCGGCAGCGCAGUGUCCGCGGGAAGCACGCCCGCAGCGGGACGCUGGCCGCACUCAAGGGUAAGUGGCUGUGGGCUUCCGUGCGCAGUUUUCACAGAUUACAGGAUCCUCUGGCUCCAACUCUUGUUUUGUUUUGUUUUGAAAAGCUAAGCUGUAUUUUUAGGGAGCUAGCCCUUUAAGAAAAGGCAAAAUUUUUCUAAACAGGGUUUAAAGAUGAGAGCUGAAAAAUCGUGGCCUUAACUGAAAGCUUUACCGGUUUCCGCACUACGGGGUGUCCUGAGGGCAGCGGCCCGUUCUCUGUCCGGCCGCGGUCACGGCCGCCGGGGCGUGGUGGCGGACUCGCGCUCUUCCCGCGUGCGCUGUUUCAGACAGCUGCGCCGCCCUCGUUCAGAAACGCCCCCCGCUUCCAGCAGCCCCGCUUCUGGUGGCCAGCUUGCACCGGGCCCUGGCACGCACUUCCUGCGGAGACUCCCUCCCCGGGGAGGGACACCGUCGCCCUGCCGGUGACGGGAGGGGCGGCUCGCGGCCUCCGGCGGCUGGCGGCUGCCGGGUCGGCCCCACGGAUGCGCGCCUGCGGGGAAGAUGCUGAGCCGUGAGCGGAGUGAGGCCCCGGAGCUGACCGGGCCUCAGUCGUGGCUCGCGUGCCUGCUAGCCCUGCAGCGCCGAACUACUUUUGAAGGUUUGGCUGGUUUUCUUAAAAUAAAAAAGAAAAUUUUUUUUUAAAGUACAUUUAAGGAGAAACUUCUACCACUGCUUCAAGAAAACUAAGUCUGAGAUGAACACGUGCAUUUGCGAGUUCUUCUCAGAGAUUAACAGUCUUAAUCGUAAUACUGAUUUACUCUGACGUUCCGUAACCACUACUACAUUGUUUUGCAUUAAUGAAGAAUGGAGAUAUGUGUAAAGGGACUAAAUAUUUUUUUGCCACAGCCUGGUUUUUUUGGUUUGUUUUCUCGGAUAGUGGUAUGUCCUCUCUGUUGCUGUAGGUUUAUAUGUUCUCUCGUCUAAAUACGUGUGUAACAUGAGCUGAUAAACCAGAGUGCUACUUUUUAAUAUUUCUGUGAUUUAUGAAAUAUAUACGCUUUCUAUGUU